UAUCACAUGGACUAUCUACAAAAUAUAAACAAAGCAUGCUUUCCCUGAAUUAAAUAAUGUGCAUUAAAAUAGGCAUGGGUGGAGGAUUAACAGGUGGUCAGUGAACUCAUCAUCACCAUGGCAGCAGGGACACUGCAGGCUCUUGCAGCAGCCGCCGCCUCUCUGUAUCCUCACCGGACAGCUGUGACAUAUGAUGACGGGUCAGCUGUGGGGAGCCCGGUGUCUCUGCGGUACCGAGAUUUGUCUGAACUUACCGAUGAACUGUCUCUUAUUCUGCGGGAGAAGUGCUCUCCGCACAGUGGCGUGAUCGGGCUGUACUGCUCCGAUGACUUGUUCACACCUGUCUGGAUUCUGGGCAUCCUGCAGUCACCUGCUGCUUAUGUCCCUCUGGACCCAGAUGCUCCUGGGCUUCUCUCUGCCAGAGUCAUAAACCAGUGUUGCCUCAAGUUCUGUGCUGUGAAGACUGACCUCCUACAGCGAUUCCAGGCGGCUCUCGCCCAACACAUGACUGCAGAGGUUUGCGUGGUCUUGCCCAAGUUCAAACUAUCCUUGGUGCAAGUCAAGCCGCUGCUGGUGUCUGAGCACACACAAGGAACAGAGCAAACCUCUGCUGAUCUCUGUGCUCCAGCUGCAGUGUUAAAGGACGCUGGACAAGGAGACUUGGCGUAUGUACUACACACAUCUGGAACAACAGGCCUUCCAAAGAUUGUGAGGGUGCCACACAAGUGUAUACUGCCCAAUAUACAUCAUCUGAGAUCUUUGUUUCAGGUGAGUCCAGAUGAUGUGGUGUUCCUGGCCUCACCUUUAACCUUUGACCCCUCUGUGGUGGAAAUUUUUCUGGCCUUAUCAUCUGGGGCGCAGCUCCUCAUUAUCCCUCCUGUGAUCAAGAAAAUACCCAAUCGACUGGCUCAACUGCUGUUCAGGCAUAACAAGACGACUGUCCUACAGGUCACACCUACUCUGCUCGGCCGCUUCGGACAGCGUAUACUAAAACAAGAUGUGUUGUCGCCUGGCUCCUCACUGCGUGUGUUGGCAUUAGGUGGAGAGAGCUGCCCCUCACCUUCUCUGCUGAGCAGUUGGAGACACGAGGACAACAAAACCCACAUCUACAACAUCUACGGUAUCACUGAGGUGUCCUGCUGGGCCUGCUGUUACAAAGUCCCACAGUCUCUGCUGCAGUUUGGCAACACCACGGUUUCCUCUGUGCCUCUCGGGACUCCUCUGAUGGACACAGUGGUGGAAGUAAGAGAUGAACAUGGCUGCGUUGUGACUGAGGGUGAAGGACAGGCAUUCAUAGGUGGAGAGGACAGGGUGUGCCUCCUGGACGAUGAGGACACUGUUGUCCCCGGGACGAUGAGAGCUACUGGAGACUGGGUGAGCGUUAGAGACUCACAGCUGUAUUAUCUGGGACGAAGAGACAGGACAAUUAAACGCCACGGAAAACGGAUGAACUUGGACAGCGUGCAGCACCUCAUAAUGAGUCUUCCUCAGGUGGAGGCGUGUGCUGUGAGUCUGUAUGAAGGCUCGCGGCUUCUCGCCUUUGUUGUGACGUCCACAUCUGGAGAGCAGAGCGCUGUUUCUCCUCUCCCGUCUGCACAGCAGCACGCAGAACAAACACCCCCGGCCUCUGCUGAGCGCCAGGAGGACGUUGAACACCACCAGGUGGAGACGGUCGUUACAGAUGGAGAUCUGAGUGGACUCAUUCUGAAGCAGCUGUCUCUGCUGCUGCCUUCAUACAGCCUUCCAGACACGCUGGUGCUCGUCCCAGCUUUACCCCUGACUCCUCAUGGAAAAGUAGACAUGCAGGCACUUAAGAAAGUCUACCAAAGACAGAGAGAGAGUUUAGAGUCGGAUUCUUCACGGGGAGAUAUCACAAAACUCAAACUAACCCUUCAGUCUCUGUGGCAGGAUACUCUGGGUCUUGCUGAAAAUGCAGCUAUUGACGAGGAAUCCAACUUCCUGUUCAGUGGAGGAGAUUCUCUGAAGGCGCUGCGCCUCUGUGAAGACAUCCUCGCUGCUACGGGAGCCACCUCACCUCAACUUUUGGAGGUCUUACUCGACGGGACUUUCUCCGACGUACUGCGACACGUUUCCAGAGUAACGCUGAUGCUGCCAGUUGAGAAGAGCUCGUCAUCAGCGUCUGAAGCUGUGAAGCGGCAGGAUGAUGCUCCCUCUGUGGUGCCAGGGAAGAGGAAACAUACAGACUCCACAGCAGCAGAGAAGCCUCAAGAGGGUGCAGAUUACUUUGAGAAUCAGGUUGUUAAAGUUAUAAGAAGAGCCGGCGAUGUGAGAGACAUCAGAAAUGCAGAGGCAAAUAAAAGCUUGCAGGCGGAUGCACUCAGAGAAAAGGAUGUAAAUAAGAAAGUCAGUGGUGUUAAAUCUAGAGCUCUGGGACUCAGUCUGAUCUGGUCAUCAGACACAGGCCGAUGUGUGGACGCCUCCCCGGUGCUUUUAGUUCAAGAAGGAGCAGACGAGACUAAAACAGCAACGUUCAUCGGUUCACACUCUCACAGGAUGCAGGCUUUAGACGUGGACACUGGCAGCCUUCUGUGGGAGCGAGUUCUCGGGGGCAGAAUCGAGGCCUCGGCUGCCAUGUCUCAGUGCGGGCGCCUUGUGGUUAUAGGUUGCUAUGAUGGCUGCGUGUACUUCUUGUGCACUGCUUCUGGAGAGACACGGUGGACGUUUGAGACAGGAGACGCUGUGAAGAGCUGUCCCGCUGUAGAUCCCGUCACAGGUCUGGUGAUGGUGGGAUCACAUGACGGGCAUGUUUACGCCCUAAACCCAAAGGUCCGGCAGUGUGUUUGGAAGCAUCACUGUGGUGGUGGAGCUGUGUUUUCCUCUCCGUACCUCAACGCCUCCCACAGACAGCUGUAUGCAGCAUCACUGGGAGGUCACCUGCUCUGCCUCAACGCUGAUAGCGGACAGGUCCUCUGGUCUCACUGUAGAGACGUCCCGUUCUUCUCAUCACCAAACGGCUCCUGUGGUGAUGUGGUGAUUGGUUUGGUGGAUGGAAACAUCUGCUGCUUCAGCAGUACGGGGAAACUGCUCUGGCAGUUUCUGACAAAGGGACCCGUCUUCUCCUCUCCGUGUGUCACACCAGACCAGCAGAGAGUCCUGUGUGGAUCACAUGACGGUCGCCUGUACUGUUUGAACUGUGCCAACGGCUCUUUGGUUUGGACUUUCCAGACUUCAGGGAAGGUGUAUGCCAGUCCGUGUGUGUUUGAUGGCUCUGCCGUGGGCAGGAGGGGGAUUCUUGUGGGCCUUGCCUCCACAGAUGGCACCAUCUGGAUCCUGAAUGUUGAAGAUGGACAAAUGUUGACCUCAUUUACUCUACCAGGAGAGCUGUUUUCAUCCCCGGUGGUGUGGAAACAGUCUCUCAUAAUCGGGUGCCGCAAUGAUUAUGUAUAUUGUUUAAAGCUGACUGCCAAAGAGGAAACGUAGGAGGAAGAAAUGUAUUUUUAUACUAAUUUUCUAAUAAACACUGCUGU